UCAUUCCGUUUUUGUUCUUCGUAGUGUGCACAACAUCAAACUUUGCUGCCAAAAUUCGUAAUCUUUUUUGGAUGUCGUUCAAUUCUAGUUUUAAAUAUCAAAACUAGUUUAGACACGAGUCUGGCGCAAGUGCAGCACUCGGGGUACAAAGUCGGAAACAGAUUUAACAUUCUCGAAAUCUAUUUCUGUGGCCAACCCUCGCCUCUUUCCGUAAGCGCCCAACAUGUGCUGGCAUCCAGGUGGCUGUUGCGGCAUACCCGCAGGUAUCCAGUGCACAAACUUUUGUUUCAACUACUGGACAGGCUGCGCAACCACUCCCUGCUGCCGGAUCAGCUGCUCGCCUUGCUGCCCGCCGUAUCGCGGCUGCUGUGGCGGUCCACGCUGCGGGUCAUGCUAGGCUAGCAACUAGCUUAGAAGGAAAUGAGGCUGACGCGUCACGGGAUAACACCAACAGUCCAAAUUCUCCCCAUUUGUAUGUAAUUAAUAGAGUCGAAUAAAAGCUGCAAGUUUAUGUUUAUAAAAAA